AUGAAUGCAGACCUAAAUGAGCCAAAUAUUCCCAGUAUUGAGCCUGAGGACUUCACAUUUGGAGAUUUGGACAACUCAGAGGCAUUUCAAGGUAGUGCUGAGAGUGAUGGCCAGGUCCAUGAGGAGGGAAAACUACUGACUUGUGCUUCAGAUUUUGUUGACUGGUAUCCUGAAGCCUCUCAGUCAUAUGGCAAGGGGUACACCUUCCUCAACUUAUUUAAUUCUGAUGAGAACAGUGUGUACUGUGCCAAGAAUCCUUAUUACCUGUUCAGUGGCCGAAAGGACUGGGAGAUUGCAUUGUGGCUACUGCACUCAGGAUUGAGCAUGGGGAAGAUAGACAGUUUUUUGUCACUGGAGAUGAUUUGUUGCUAUCUCGACUGGGCUGACAAGUGCCAUCACUUUGACCUUGGAAUAAGCCUCAUAGAUGGUAUGCCAUGCUCGAAGCUGCCAGAUGAUGAUCCUGAUGAUGAUCUUGAUUCUGACAUGGACGACAAUCAUGACUUCCCCACUGAACUUGUGGCCAUUAUCAAAUGUCCUGGAUAUUCAUGCCCAAUCACCAAUUACUUUGCGAUCGUGAAGAUCCUCCAGCAUAAGGAGGUAGGGACAGUCCCUGUACCAUUGCAUACAUUCAUCGUUGGAUGCAUGGCCUUUCAUCUUACAUAUUCCCCAUCCAUCAGAUCCAUCUCUGUUGAUGAUGCUGCUAUCAAGUUUGGCCUUUCUGACUUACAGCCAGCCAUUGUUGACUUUCUUCAUCAUGAAGCUACCCAGGGACAAGAUUAUAUCCAUGCAAUCAGGGGAGCCAGGAGGGCUGGACCUGCUGCUUCACUGCCAUUUGAUAAAAUUCAAAUCUGGUUCAAACUUCAACUGCAGGAGACAGAUUUCCAUGAUAGUAGCAUCAUACAGCCUGCACAGACCCUGAAUUGUGUGCCACCUUCUGAUGUCUGGAACUCUGGUAGGUAUGACUCAGUUAUUGUGAAUAAUGAGUUGGGGUACCUUUGGCCUACUGAUGGCCUUCAUGGUCACACAGUCAGUCAAAUUAGACUUAUCAUGCGUCCAGUUGGAAAGAGCAAUACAGAUUGGUCAUGGAAGGACCAUUUCCUUGUCUAUAUGUACCACUUUGAUGGUACUACAGGUGCUUGUGAUCCUGCUAUGCAGAUGCACUUGAUCAGAAGGGCAAAGCAUUCUGUUAAGGUUGUGUGCUCAAGGGGGUUGGAUCACAAGGGCUUGGCCUCAGCUCGUACGCUGUGCCCCUUUCCUGAGUAUGUGCCCUUGAUUUCUGGGGGCUAG